AUGGCCGCAGUUGAAACGAAGAAGACGACUUCGGCUCCUGUUUCAUUGUUCUCCAGCGCCAUAGCCGGUGGUGUAGAAGCCAUAGCAACCUAUCCAUUGGAGUACGCCAAAACCCGAGUGCAGCUGCAGACAGUUCCAGGAUGCAGGCACAACCCUUUUGCAGUCAUCUUGAAUGUCGCAAGAAAUGACGGCAUAGGGGCAAUAUACACAGGCUGCUCGACUCUUGUUCUCGGAACCGCGUUCAAAGUCAGUGUCCGCUUCUUCUCGUUCAAUUACUUCCGCAGCCGCCUCGCCGACGAUACGGGAGCGUUGACACCUCUGAGAGGUAUCCUUGCUGGAUCUCUGGCCGGCUUGACCGAGAGUGUGGUUGCAGUGACGCCAACCGAGCGCCUCAAGACCUUGCUUAUCGACAACGCGAGGAUUCAGAUGAAGCUGUAUCGGGGAGAACCUCACACUUACGAGGCUAUCAUCCGUGCCCAGAGCAUCCGUGGUCUUUAUCAUGGACUGGUACCUACCAUCUUGAAACAGUCGAGUACGCAAGGCGUCAAGAUGGGCUCGUACAACGUCAUCAGGGAGUUCUCAAGACGACAUGACUUGCCACAGAAUGGCAUCACAGCUUUCGUUACUGGUGCUCUGGCAGGUACCGUCACAGUGUAUAUGACCCAACCGUUUGAUACGAUAAAAACCUGGGCUCAGAGUGCACGAGGAGCUGGCACGAUCGAGGCAUUCCGAAGUGUUGUGCAGCAGACCGGUCUUCGAGGUCUGUGGAGUGGCAGCACGUCGCGAGUGGGCCGAUUGGCUUUCAGCAGCAGUAUUUUGUAUACUGUGUAUGAGAAGGUGGCUACUGCGAUGAGCGGGUCACUGGAGAAUGAGCUUUUUGUGUUUACUUCGAUACCCAGCGCCAGAUGUUAG